AUGGGCGGCGGACCAGACAAAGAACACCUUCUCAUCACCAUGUGGGAGCCGGAGCCCAAACACAUCACUGCCGAGCUCAAACGACGAUUCCCAUAUUUUGAUAUCACAUAUAUUCCUGUACAGAGGAAAGAGAGGCAGUUGUCGGAUAGCGGCCGAGAUGUUCCUGACGAGCUCUGGAACUCAGCAACCAUCCUCAUCACUCUCGCUACUCUCCCUUCGACACCAGAAAAGGUACCAAACCUUAAACUCAUCCACCUCCUCUCCGCGGGCGUCGACCAUAUCCUCAACCACCCGGUCCUGACCUCCAGCACCAUCCCCGUGACCACGUCUUCCGGCAUCCACGGACCUCCCAUCACCGAAUGGGUGACCAUGACCGCUCUCAUCGCAUCGCGCCACUACUGGACCGAAUACGAAUGGCAGAAACAGCGUCACUGGGAAACGGAUCGGAAAAAGCUGGUCUCAGGAACGGAUUGGGUAGGCAAAACCGUCGGGAUCGCUGGGUAUGGAAGUAUCGGACGACAGGUUGCUCGCGUCUUCUCUGCCCUCGGGUCCUCCAUCCACGCCUACACCGCCUCGCCACGCGACACGCCCUCCGCCCGCGCCGACCACGGCUACUUUCUCCCCGGCACGGGUGACCCCGACGGCACGAUUCCCUCUGCCUGGUACAGCGGCACCUCCAAGACAGCAUUGCACACCUUCCUGGCCUCAGGACUGGAUAUGCUGGUCAUCGCACUCCCCUUGACGCCCGCGACGCGCGGUAUGUUUGGCACCGCAGAAUUCGAAAUAGUAGCCCACUCGUCCAACAAGCCGAGGAAAGGCAAGGGCUGUUUCCUCGUCAACAUAGCACGAGGUGGACUCCUGGACCAGUCCGCGCUGGUGAAAGCAUUGAACGAUGAGACGCUGCUUGGUGCAGCGCUGGAUGUGACGGAUCCGGAACCGUUGCCGGAGGACGAUCCGCUUUGGGAUGCGAAGAACGUGAUUAUUACGCCGCAUGUGAGUGCGUUGGGGAGCGAGUAUUCGGAGAGAGCGUAUGAUUUGUUCAUGACGAAUUGGACAAGACAUGAGGAGGGGAAGAAGAUGUUUAAUUUGGUGGAUAGGAGGAAGGGUUAUUAA